AAGCUCGAAAUCCAUUGUGGAUUGGUCGGCACAUGCUCAAAACUCCGUCAAAUUUUCACAACUUCUCCAUAGCUUAGAGGUUAGACAAACUUUGAAAUCAUCCAAACACAAAACUUCCUUCUCAGGAACCAAAAUUUGAAAUCACACAAACACAAACCUCCUUCUCAAAAGCCAAAAUUCGGCGCAAUCCCAACAAGCGAGCAAGAUCCAGUCACAGUCAGGGUCACAGGGACGAGAGCAGAGAAAUCCACAGCCCCAGAUCAGAUCCACGGCGCGCAUGGCGGCGGUGGGCGGCGACGCGGCGAGCAUGGUGGCGGUGGGCCUGGUGUGGGGCGCCACCAACGCGCUGAUGCGCCGGGGCGCGCUCGUCUGGGACCGCCGCUCCCGCUCCCUCCCGGCCGGCACCGGCGCCGUCCGGCGGUGGGCCGACCUGCUCCUCACGUGGCAGUACUCGGCGCCGUUCCUCGCCAACCUAUCCGCCUCCGCCGCCUUCUUCCGGCUCCUCGGUGACGCGCCCAUCUCCGUCGCCGUGCCCGUCACCAACGCCACCACCUUCGCCGCCACCGCCGUCGCCGCCGCGCUCCUCGGGGAGGCCACUCGCGCCGCCCCCGCCGCGCUCGGCACCGCGCUCAUCGUCCUCGGCGUCUGGGUCCAUACUUGAAUGCUCUGUUUUGGUCCUGGUACAUAUACCUGGUUCCUCCUAGUUCAUGGCACACAAGAUCAUGGCUGUGAUCUGAGGGACAAGCAUCCGCUUGACUGCAUGCUUAAUCCUACGAAGGUCAAUCACUCCUUCAUCCUUGAGACUACCUUCUGGAAAGAACAUGAUCAUCGAGAAGCCAUCGCGCACACUCUCAUCCCUACAGACAUACUCAACAAGAGUGCUCUUCCCUACUCUUAUUGGCCCAACAAUUGGAAGUACAGCCAAGUCUGAAGUAGCACUGGGACAAAGCAAGAAAUUCAGAACCCGUAGCCGUUCUGUUUGGCGACCAAACAUGCAGUUGUCCAAUAGUAAAUAUGUGCCAUAAGGUCGACGGAGUAUCCGAGGAUACGCCUCCAAGAAGAAAAUAAACUCCUUCAUGCCAGCCAUGGUGUCUUCAAGGGUAUCAACCAUCCGCUGCAGCUCUUCCAGCAUGUUGCUGUUUGUGCCAAACAACAGUGCUAGUCUGUUGCUGCUGCCACUGCCGGUCCGAGAGAAACGGAGCCGUUUGGCUGGACUGGAUUUAUACAGCGCAGAUGAUGUGUGGCUUAGCUCCUCCUCAUCGAGGGCGGCUUGGAAUCUCAAGGAAUCAAGAACAUAGUGGCCUCUUUACAUUCCUUGCCUCAACAUCUUGAGCUGACGGAGCAUCCCUGGUUGGUGAUGUUCCGCUCCUCGGCCUCCUCGACGACGAUGUCGAUUCUCGGUAGAACACUCUGUAACCUUUGGACAAUCUUGUCGAUGUCAGGCUGCUGCUGGAAGUAUUUGCUGAUAAAAAACGACGCUGACCUGCUGGCGAGGUCACCUAGGAUUGCAGAGACAAGGAUAUCCAUUGAUUGUGAACCUCCUUGUCUUAGAGUUCGAGCGAUGCAAUGGGCGGGGGAUAAAAUUAGCAGUGAGUGAUACUGCCUAUUUAGGCAUCGAGUGUUCUGUAUGGAAUAUUUGAAGGAGAGUGACUAUGGUGAAGGAGGUAUUGUGAGGCAGUGGGGCUAGUGCUGGAUGGAUCAGCAUGCAAUAUAUAUAUGAUGUGGUGGUGCCCUGCCAAUUUCUGAGUGGUUCUUUGCCUGCCUUGUGGAAUUGAGACCCUUUUUCCCUUGUCGAAUUUCUCCUUUCACGUGUUAUAACUUGGACUUAAUUUGGGCAGACAGUUCUACGAGGAGUGGUGGUUCGUUAAAAACGGUGGGUUAGUCAAAAACUACCGGUGAGACACGGAGUAGAAAAACCUUGCUGUUUGUUGACUCGAGGGUUGAAUUUUGAUAAAAGAGUGAGAAAUGAAUGGCAAGGCAGUCUAGAAGAAGGCCUUUUGGUCUUUGGCUCCAGGAAUAGUCGACUUAGAUUUGCUUUCUGUAUUCAGCGAGAGAAAGCACCCGUGUUUCUUCAGAAGAGCGAUGUGACCGAAGUAUCGGCAUACCAGUUCUUUUUUUUACCGAGGUUAGCAGUAUUUUUCUGACACUCAUGCUGCAGUUAGCAGUAACUUGGUAAGCAAACUGAAUUAACAACGAGAGGAGCAAAGUCAGGCCCAUAGAUACCAGCCAUUCAUUCCUGCUUUGCUAGCAGUGACAAACACCGGCCGGUAACUGAAUUUGUAUCUUCAGUUUCAGGUGUCGAUGUAUUCAGUUCAGAGUAGCUGGAGCUCCAGAUGGCCUCCUUGGCGAGCGCUUCGUCCUUCCCAGUCCUCUGAUCUUGCUGGCUGGCCGCUGGCCUUGCUGUCGUCUCCUGAGCUCCAGCCUCCAGGCAGUAUGGUGGGCUUCACCUUCAACCUUUUUGCCAGCUAGUCAGUCAGUUGCCCCUGAUCCUAGCCAUAUCUUGUUACUCCAGGCAGCAUUUUGUUCCUAGCUCUGUUAACCGGAACGGCUCUGUUAACAGUUGGCAUAGCCUGUCAUAAUGUCAAUGCUGGAGAAAUUGGCCAAGCACCAUUGGAGCAAUCCAACUUGAAUGAUGAGCAACUGCUGCACAGUGCAUCUUUAACAUAUGGGUGGGUAAUAACUUUUUGUGUGGUAAAGAUCACCCCGCCUCCUCCCGGGCAGGUUUCAACUCAUAUCAUUGAUUCGGUACUGAAUCAUGGGAAACAAGUGUGGAUUAUAAUAUAUUGUGAUAUGAAAUGACUAUCUGAUCUA